CUGUUCACUCUAACCAACAAAAUUAUAUUUGAAUGGAGACUGCUAACACAUGCCGUCUAUGUAUAUCAACUCCAAAAAAUAGAGCCACGUUGAAAAUCUAUGGUGUUACAUGCUGUAAUGCAUGCUCCAUGCAACAUCGUAAACAUUGUAUUUCAAGUGACCAAGAUGCGAAAACUUAUAUUGCACAUCCAAAUUGUAGAUUUUGUUCUUUUAAACGAAUGGUUCUAAGUCAGGAUGUAAAUCUACAAUUCACUACUAUCAAGAUCGCAAGUAUGGAUUUAGCAGGACUUAUCAAUAAUCUAUCAUCAUUGAAUAUUAAUCGUAACGAAUAUUUUAUGGAUUACUAUGCAAAGGAAAAGUCAUCCGUUGAUAAUGCAGUUAUAUCCACUAUCAAUUUUAUCAAAAAACCACCAUAUUUAGUAUUUUCAAUGGAAGAAUGGACAUCUAUUAAUCAACUCUCAACUAUUGACUUUAUCAAAAAGUUUGAUUUUGUGAAUCAAUUUUCAUGUUAUUCUGACAAAAGCAAAUUUAUUCACGGAGUUCGAUUCAAAUCAGCAAUAUUUUCAACUUCAAUGAGAGUGUUCAACGAAAAGAAAAGUUAUAUGCACUUUCCAGGAAAUGUGGAUAUUUUCCCAGAACACUCGUCCCAACUAUUCAAUCCACACUUUUUGAAUAAAAUACGAUCACAGCUAAUUGGGAAACUUAUCGAAUUGGAUAUUACAAAAAACGAGUCUUUGUUAUUAUCGGCGUUGUUUCUUUGUUCGGCGGUUCACCCUGAUAUCUCUACUGAAGGAAAGAAUCUUCUCUACAAAUAUCAACAAUAUUAUUCAGCGGCACUUAUAAAUCAUUGUUGUUUAACAAAUCAACAGAAUGCACCAUCAAGAUAUUCAGAAUUGCUCUCUUUGUAUCAAAUAAUUGAGGAAACUCAUCAAAAAGUUAAUAACUUUGCAAUAUUAUACAGGAUGAAGAUGCCUCACAAAAUUGGAAUUGGAAUCAAUAAAUUUGAAUAAAUUACUUUACAAAUAAAUAAUUGCAUUUAAAUAUUGAAUAUUAAUUAUCAAGUGUUUGUUCAUGUAAUUUCUGUACAAAUUUGUGAUAUUAUAAGUUUUUUGAUAACUUCAGCUUCCGCUCACGUUCCCUGAAUUUCAUUGUAUUACUGUAUUUUUUUCAUUAUUUCAAAA